AUGGGUGACUGGAGCUUUCUGGGGAGACUGUUAGAGAAUGCGCAGGAGCACUCCACGGUUAUUGGCAAGGUUUGGCUGACGGUACUGUUUAUCUUCAGGAUACUGGUGCUGGGGGCUGCUGCUGAGGAGGUCUGGGGAGAUGAGCAGUCGGACUUUACAUGCAACACUCAGCAACCUGGUUGUGAAAAUGUUUGCUAUGACAAAGCCUUCCCCAUUUCUCACAUCCGCUUCUGGGUGCUGCAGAUCAUUUUUGUCUCCACUCCAACUCUCAUCUACCUGGGCCAUGUGCUGCACAUUGUACGCAUGGAGGAGAAGAGGAAAGAGAAAGAAGAGCUGAAAAAGAAGGGAAAUGUCAAAGAUGGCAACUACCCAGCGGUGUCUGGCAGUGGUGGUGGAGGAGGCAGCAAUAACAUCAAGGAUCCUCUUGGCAAAAGGGGGAAGGAGAAGCUCCCGAUCCGUGAUGAAUGUGGUAGAAUCCGUAUGGGGGGUGCCCUGCUCCGUACCUAUGUCUUCAACAUCAUUUUCAAGACACUGUUUGAGGUGGGCUUCAUUGUGGGCCAGUACUUCCUGUAUGGCUUUGAGCUAAAGCCAGUCUACCAGUGCAGCCGCUCACCUUGCCCACACACUGUGGACUGCUUCAUCUCAAGGCCCACUGAGAAGACCAUCUUCAUCAUCUUCAUGUUGGUGGUGGCCUCUGUCUCCCUGCUGCUGAACAUGCUUGAGAUCUAUCACUUGGGGUGGAAGAAGCUUAAGCAGGGCAUGACAAGCCGGUACAGCCUUGAGAUGCCUGUUGCAACAAUGACACCAGUCAUGGUAACAGGGGAACCCAAACCUGUUGCCCUGCCACCACCAGCACCACCCGUGGUGGUAACGACUGCAGCGCACCCCCCUGUUCUACCUGACACCCGCGCAGUCACACCGCUGCUGGCCCCGGUGACCAUGUCACCAUACUAUGCUGCAGCUGCUCCAAGACCACGGCCCCCCUCCAACACAGCCGCCAUGGCCAGCUACCCUGUUGCUCCAGCAGUUCCCGAGGAGAGGCGCCGUGCUGUGACUCCUACACCCAUCUCCACUCCCGUCACCAUCCCGACCCCCAUCCCCACACCCACGCCAGCUGUCAUCAACUACUUCAACAACAACAGCCACACCCUGGCGGCCGAGCAGAACUGGGUCAACAUGGCAGCUGAGCAGCAGAGGAAGGUGCCCUCCAGCUCAGCAGGCUCCUCUACCCCCAGCAGUGUCCGACGUCCCCUUCCCGAGCAGGAAGAGCCACUGGAGCAACUGCUCCCACCCCCCGCUGGGCCGCCUGUUGCCACAGCCCGCUUUGCCACAGCCAACAGGGGCAGCAGCACCAGCCUGAGCGGGGCAAGUGGGAGCAAGUGGGAUGUGGAGGGUGAGGAGGAGCUGUCAGAGGAACGGCCUGUCUCAACUGCUUGCACCACCGUGGAGAUGCAUGAGCCACCGCUGCUCAUAGACACACGGCGCUUGAGCAGGGCCAGUAAGUCGAGCAGCUGCAGAGCCAGGUCAGACGACCUGGCUGUGUAG